AUGUCAACCGAACCGACAUCUUCUGUAGCGGCACCAGCAUCUUACUACAUCUCCAAAUCGAAUAUCUGCGUAAACAGCAAGGGCGAGAGCGUCGGUAAUGGUAUAUUCGCAAAUCGAAGGUUCGGCGCGGGCGAGGAAAUUGCCAGCUUCAGGCGCCCGCUUGUUGGCUCGUUAGAGACCGAACGACUGCUUGACACCUGCGCGAACUGCUACCUCUGGACAGAGGGCUCAUCGACUGGAACAAGAUUGUAUGUACCCGAAGGAGCGAAAGUAAAUAAAUGUGCUGCCUGCCAAAGAUUUCAAUACUGCAGCAAGGCAUGCCAAAAAGACGCAUGGAACCGGGGGCAUAAGCAUGAGUGCAAGAUAUUGAAGCCAAUGGCUGGUAGACACCUCCCAAAAGCCUUCCUUGCAUGCAUGGAACUACUCACCAGGCGGAAGCAUGGUCUUAUCCCUGAUGGAGAAUGGGAGCUGCUUUGUCGCUUGCCUUCCCACAUCGAUGACUUCAAGCGCAACGGAACCUAUGAGAACAUUGAACUCAUGGCUAUGGGUGCUGGUCAGUUCUCGUUGUCACAAAAUCUGUUCGACAAGGACUUUGUUGCCGCAAUGUAUGGCCGAGUGAUGUCGAACGCUCUAACACUGAUCACGCCUACACUGGAUCCUCUGGGUAUCAUGAUAGAUCCCACGCUCUGUCACAUGAAUCACUCCUGUGAUCCGAACGCAUACAUUAUGAUGGAUGGACCACAUGUGGCCAUCCGCACCCUCCGACCCAUCAGAAAAGACAAGGAAAUAUUCAUCUCCUACAUUGACACCACCAACCCCUACCACAAGCGGCAAGAGGAACUCCAAUCCCGAUGGUUCUUCACCUGUCGCUGUGCAAAAUGCCAGGAGAAGGCCACUCUCCAAGAAGACAACUGGCUAGUACCAGCAAAUCCUCAGUUUGUCUUGAGCAAAGACGAAACAGCCGCAAUGGCAGAGAGCCAAGAGAAGACUUUCAACCUCUACACCCAGCUUCAAGGAAUGGCUGACUCAAAGCUCGUUAUCGAUGCGUUGCAGGAAACUCUCAAGAUAUGCUAUGAGUCAAGGUUCUGGCCAAUAUACCGCCAACCGUAUGCUGCGGUCCGCGACGAUUUGAUCGUAAACCUACUUUCCGUAGGGAAAUAUCAAGAGGCAUGGGCACAGUGUGCAAAGCGGUACAAGCACAUACUUCCCAAGCUGUAUCCAGUUCCUUUCCACCCGGUCCGGGUAGUGCAGACCUGGCAGAUGGCAAUGCUGGCCGCAUACUUAGCCAGCACCGAAGAGGGCGUGGGUGCGCCAGGAGUGAAUAUGGGUCUCAUCGCCAUGAUGCUGGUAAAGCAGGUAUUGGAUGUUGCGCACCUAAGCCAUGGACCGGCUAAUGCGUUCACGAAGAGCGUGAAGGCCAAAGCGGAAGAGAUGAUAGAGGAGCUCAAAAGAAGUUUAGGCAAUCCGAACAGCGAAGUCAUGAACAAGGAGCUUGAGAUUCAGAGAGAUAGGCUGAUGGAUAUGGGCGACUGGGCUAAAGAUGGAGAGCAACCGGGGGAGUUAACGACCAUACCUCUGGAUGAGAAAGCUUUCAGUGUAUGA